GGAAACGGAAGAAAAUAGAAGAAGAAGAAUAAGAAGAAGAAGAAGAAGAAGAAAGAAAGCAAAAAAAAGAGGACAAAGAAUGGAAUUAAUCCUUUUUCUUCUUUACUUUUAAAUUUCACGAGAAUAUUCGUCGAUAUUGAUUAUUAAUUUUCUUCCUUGUCAUUCUUCUCACUCUCUCUCCCUCUCUCACUCUUUUUCUCUUUCUCUUUCUCUCUUUCUCUUUCUCUCUUCUUUCUUUCUUUUUUUUUUUUUUUGUUUUACUCAUAAUUACCUUCGUAUUUCCUGUUUUCUGGUUUUUGUUUGUUUGUUCUUUUUUUUCCCCCCCUCAUUUUGAACGGCCAACGAUAAUCGAUCUAAAAUAUCUACAGGAGGAGAAAAAUUGGUGAAAGAGAAGGGAGAGAAAGAAAGAGAGAGAGAGAGAGAGAGAGAGAGAGAGAGAGAGAGAGAGAGAAGUGAGAUAUAGAGUGUAAUAAGAUAGAAAAAGGGAGGAUAUUAGGAUAAUAAGAAAGAGUGCGGGAAAGAAAUCGGGUGUUAUGGGUCUAACCGAUACGAGUUUUGAGUUACUUCUGACUCUUUGGCGAGUUUCCAUUGUGGGAGUCCUCUGGAGCAACGUAAGGACUCGCAAGGAUCAUCGUGGCCUCUCCUCCUCCAUACAAUUCGUCGAUUCUCUCGUUCUUCAUUGCUAAUCGACGCUGAAAAAGACAGAAAGAAAGAGAGAGAGAGUGAGAAAGUGAGAGAAAGAGAGAGAGCAAGAGAGAGAGAGAGAGAGAGAGAGAGAGAGAGAGAGAGAGAAAUAGUUUCAAUCAAGGUGAAUCCUCAGCACCAUGUCGUCGAGGGUGGUAAAGAGCUCGAAGCUCGACGAAAACGUCGAACGUAGAGAAACCUGGUCUGGAAAAGUCGACUUUCUUUUAUCGGUCAUCGGCUUUGCGGUCGAUCUUGCAAACGUUUGGAGAUUUCCUUAUCUCUGUUACAAAAAUGGCGGUGGUGCAUUUCUGGUCCCAUAUUGCAUCAUGUUGAUCGUCGGUGGUAUACCAUUGUUUUACAUGGAACUUGCCUUGGGUCAAUUCAACAGGAAGGGUGCAAUAACGUGUUGGGGUCGAUUGGUACCAUUACUCAAAGGAAUCGGUUACGCAGUUGUCCUAAUCGCUUUCUACGUCGAUUUCUAUUACAACGUGAUAAUUGCUUGGGCACUUCGUUAUUUCUUCGCUUCCUUCUCCGGAAUGUUACCUUGGACGACUUGCAAUAAUCCAUGGAAUACGCCACUAUGUCGUGAGUUCGACGUUAACGUUUCUUAUGCCAUUGGUGAGCCACCACGAUCUACGAACGACAUUGAUUUUGAUCUGGCUUACAACAUAACUGGAGUAUUUGCGGUCGAUGAUCCUUUCGAUGUUUUUGAACUUAGUUCGACGAAAAACAAUACCAAACACACCAGCGCAGCUCAGGAGUACUUCAAUCGCGCCAUUUUGGAACUUCACGAGAGUGCUGGUAUACACGAUCUCGGAACUAUCAAAUGGGACAUCGCAUUAUGUCUGUUGGUGGUCUAUCUAAUAUGUUAUUUCUCACUUUGGAAAGGUAUAUCUACGUCGGGAAAGGUGGUCUGGUUCACAGCUCUUUUCCCGUAUGCGGUAUUACUGAUUUUAUUGAUUCGAGGUGUUACAUUGCCUGGAAGUGCCGAAGGGAUUCGUUAUUAUCUUAGUCCAAAUUUUUCUGCGAUAACCAAAGCUGAGGUUUGGGUUGACGCUGCUACUCAAGUGUUCUUCUCGUUGGGACCAGGAUUUGGGGUAUUGUUAGCAUACGCGAGUUAUAACAAAUAUCACAACAAUGUUUACAAGGACGCCUUAUUAACGAGCGUUAUCAAUAGUGCAACCUCGUUCAUAGCAGGUUUCGUGAUUUUUUCGGUAUUAGGAUACAUGGCACGUGCCAGUGGUAAAUCUAUUCAAGAUGUAGCUACUGAAGGACCUGGAUUGGUAUUUAUCGUUUAUCCAGCAGCUAUUGCAACGAUGCCAGGUUCAAUGUUUUGGGCAUUGAUAUUUUUCAUGAUGUUACUAACUCUAGGUCUUGACAGUUCGUUUGGUGGAUCCGAAGCAAUAAUAACUGCAUUGAGCGAUGAGUUCCCUAUUAUAGGCAAUCAUCGUGAGAUCUUCGUUGCCUGUCUAUUCACUCUCUAUUUCCUUGUUGGACUUGCCUCUUGUUCGCAGGGUGGCUUCUAUUUUUUCCAUUUACUCGAUCGAUACGCAGCAGGUUAUUCGAUGUUGUUCGCGGUAUUAGCGGAAGCAAUUGCUAUCAGUUGGAUCUACGGAGCAGAUCGUUUUUGUGCUGAUAUUAAAGAUAUGAUAGGAUUUUCGCCUGGUUUAUAUUGGCGAGUAUGUUGGAAAUUCGUAGCACCGAUUUUUAUCAUGUUCAUCAUUGUCUAUGGUUUAAUGGGCUAUGAGCCAUUAACCUACGAGGAUUAUGUAUACCCAUUAUGGGCAAAUGUAAUGGGUUGGCUAAUUGCUAGUUCUUCGAUUAUCAUGAUACCUGGUGUCGCUAUUUACAAGAUCAUCGUUACUCCAGGCACAUUCGUACAGAGAAUAAAAAUUUUAACGACGCCAUGGAGGGACACGCAACAGAGGAACGCUGAUCUAUCGUCGGUAGCAAAUGGUGCCGUACGUCGAAGUUUCGUUGGCGAUCAAGAUUAUGCCAAUGUUAGCAAAGACAACGAAGAACUGACGAAAGAGCAAACCGAAGUGAUGAUUCAAUCGAGAGAAGGUAUCGAUGUCGAUCCACCACCAGAACCGGUCUAGGACAGUGCGAUCGUUGUUUUGCAUGGUGCUCGUUUCCGAGUAUAUCUUUGCUAAGACGAUUAUGUCGGAAAAUGAUUUAAAUUCGAUGGACCUAUUAUGACUUAUGAAAAAUAAAAAAAAAAAAAAAAAGAGAAAAAGAAAAAAAGAGAAAACUAAGAAAAAGAAGAAAAAGAAGAAGAAGAAGAAGAGGAAAAAAUUAAUAGAUCAAUCGUUCUUUAUUUUCUUCUUUAUCAAAUAACAAAAAUGGACGAGCGAUAUCGAACGCACUCACUUAAACUUUACGACGCGAUCUUCUUACGUGAGAUUUAAAAUGAAUUCAAGUAAAUAUAGAUAUACACACAUAUAUAUAUAUAUAUACAUACAUAAAUAUAUAUAUAUAUAUAUAUAUAUAUAUACAGAUAUAAAAAAUAAGCUAUAUAUAUGAACGAUCUCAAAUUACAAGCGUCGAUUGUAAAUAUUAUUACGAUGCUGCGCAUCGUUGCAAUGUCCCUUGCAAAGACGUUAGUAGAUUAAAGGAGAAAAGAAAAAGUUAACAAAAGAAAAAAGAAAAGAAAAGAAAAGAAAAGAAAAAAAAAAAAGAAAAAAGAAAAAAUGUUAAAUUCUCGUUCGACAAAAUUACAAAUUUUAUUGUACGACGUUGACGUUUGUGCUCGCGCUUUGAAAUUCUUCUAUUAUUCAUAUACAAUAUAUAUAGAUACAUAUAUAUACAUACAUACAUAGACACAUACGUACGUAUAUAAAUAAAUACGCCUAAGAAAGAUUUGAAAAUAAUUCGCGAUUUAUGACUACGAAAAAGUUCCUAAUCGCAUUGUUAAUGUUUUUACUUUGAUCCUGAAUUGAAAUUGUUCAUACUCAGCUAUAAUAAUUGUAUUAGUAGAUAAUAACGAUAUCAUCUAAUGAUGUUAAUAUUUGUUUUUUAUUUUUGUUUUUUCUCUUAUGUUUACGUUCAAAAGUCGUCUAUAGAUCGUAUUAGAUCUGGACGUAUAUGCUGUGUAGACUAUACGCGUAAAAAUGGUACCUUCUUUCACGCUCUCUCUCUCUCUCUCUCUCUAUCUAUCUAUUUCUCUCGAUUAUAUAUAUAUAUAUAUAUAUAUAUAUAUAUAUAUAUAUAUACAUUAUAUAUAUCUUAGAAAUAAAAUAUCACCGACGCGCAACUACGAAUAAUGUCGGUGGGAAUUCGCACGGGUACGGUUCAUUAAACUUUCCGCUCAGUCCUCGUUCAUAAUCGUUAAUACUAAUGUCGUCGCUAACGUGUUAGUUUUUCCAAAUAAAAUGAUAUUAGAAGUCGAAUCUUUCAUAUCUAAUCCUCUGUAUGAUCUGAAAUAUAUUAAUCCGUAAUGUUAUAUUUUUUAUUUCUGAAGAAAAUUAUAUUUUUAUUUUAUUUGGAAUUUUUUUAUUCUUUUUAUUCCUUUAUACACACACACACACACACACACACACACACACACACACAUAUAUAUAUAUAUAUAUGUGUAUGAUAAUUUUAUAUAUAUUCAUCGGGGGAGGAGAUCUUUCAUUUGUAAUAAUAAAAUAUGUCCAUGGAGAAAGAUUAUGAGGAUAUAGAAGUUAUGAAGAAAAAUAAAUAGAGAGGACUGGGGGGUAUACAUAUUAUUCAAAUAGAUACUAAGUGUUUUUGGACUUACCGUUGUAAGAUCCAUAGGAAAUAGUUUAUGUGGAUAUAUAUAUUUAUGUAUGAUAUAGUUUAUAGUUGUUGUUAGGUGAAAGAAUAUAAUAUAUAUAUAUAUAUAUAUAUAUAUAUAUAUAAAUAUAUAUAGUACUAUAUAAUAUACAUAUACGUAUAUGUAUAUAUAUACAUAUAUAAAUAUACACACACAUAUAUAUAUAUAUGUAUGUAUAUGUAUAUAUAUAUAUAUUUUGUACAUCGCAUCUGAGUUGCAACCACAGCCAUCGGUAGCAGCUCGGGCCUUGUUGAAAUUAAAUGAUAAUAUUAGACGAAUCUUCAAUCAUCGAGGAAUGUCUUAUCGUUAAUAGAAUAUAAAAAUACUCAUCGAAAUGCGUAUCGCUCUUUUAUUAUCAUAUUACACUUAAAACGUUUAUCAUUUUUUCUCCGGUUAUUACAUAUGCCUCUCCAAGAGCCAUAUUGGGCAGGCAUUAAGUGCCGGCAUUUUUGUCAUCAGCAUUGUCAUUUCUUACUUACGGAACAAUUUUCUUUUUCGUUAAUCCAUAUAUAUAUAUAUAUAUAUAUAUAUAUAUAUAUAUAUAUAUAUAUAUGUAUACAUAUAUAUAUGAAAAAGAGAAGAAGAUAAAAGAAAAAAAUAAGACUGUCGCACAGCCAUGUAACCGGUUCGUACUUGAAUCUUCAUUUAUGAAAGUCAACGUAUGAUAAAACAAAUGUAAAAGCUCAUUUUAUUAAAUAAAAUUUGUUUAUUUGAUAAAGAAAAAAAA